AAGUGAACCUUGUUCCAAUCCAUUUCUCCCCUUCUUUCUUCUAUCACCUUUCCAACCAAAAGCUUUUGUUAGGAUGUCUCGUCCGAGGCUAGGUAAAAAGCUUCAACCUGCUAAGAAGGCUUGGAAGAGCUUUUCCAACAAACUGCAAUCAAAACUCCACAAACUCAACAUUCGAAAAGCCAUCAAAGCCACCUUCAAACGCCUCCUUGACACCUUGAAUUCCCUUCGCCACUUAAUACCCUCGAAGGGUCGUCGCUCUCUCACCAGUAGAAGACCAGAUGCUGCUUCUAAUUACCAUGUUCAUAGCAAGAACAUAUCUGCCAUACGCAUAGAUGACCUCUUUACUGAGCCUGCUUCUUCCAUGCAUGUGCAUGCCAACAAGACUCAUGUACAAGGGGAAACAAGCAGAGGCAAAGAGGUGAUUGGCAAGAAAGAUUUGGCAGGAGGGAACAAUGAUAUGAAUACUAUUGAAGAUGUAUGGAAGGCUGUGGUGGCUAAGUCACCUCAGCUGCAGGUGGAUGAGAAGGCAGAGGAGUUCAUUUCCAAGUUUCGUGAAGAUAUGAGGCUUCAGAAGGAGAGAUCCAUGCUGGAAUUUCAGGAAAUGCUAGCCCGAGGUGUCUGAAAUUUAUGUCCAAUAUUCUGUCACGCAGUACAAGAUUCAUAGUGACUUUUGUCUAUAGAGCAUUGUUUGGGAUUGUGUUCUUUGCUUUGGAUUCUGUUGAAGGUAGACUAGUUAAAGUGGUCUCUCUUUUUUUUGCCAAAAAUCUGGGACAAGAUAUAUUUAUUCUUUUAGGAUUUCGUCAGGAAUAUUUUUCUUUUCUCAUCGUUUUUAUCCUUCAUUCUAGUAACCCACAAAUAUGUAAUCAAUUGUGCAUUAACAUGUAUCGGAUAAACAGCUUGUAUACCU